AUGGAUAGAAUAAUUUUCAGUGUAAAUGGUGAAGUUUGUUCGGCUGGCUCCGAGGUGGAUUCAGACGAGACGCUCAACGACUUCAUCCGCAACCGUCUGAACCUUCGAGGCACCAAAUAUAUGUGCAAGGAAGGCGGAUGUGGCAUCUGCAUAGUUAGCAUCACAGCUCCAGAUUCUAAUGGGCAAAAGCGGGCAUUUUCAGUUAACUCAUGCCUAACCACAGUGCUAUCAUGUCAAGAUUGGGAAAUUACCACAAUAGAAGGGCUCGGCAGCAGACAAGCCUAUCACCCCUUGCAGCGUACGCUGGCGGAACACAACGGGAGUCAGUGCGGGUUUUGCACUCCGGGCUGGAUCAUGAACAUGCACAGUUUACUUGAAGCCAAUGACUACGAGGUGACACAAUAUGAAGUCGAAAAUUCCUUCGGAAGCAAUAACUGCAGAUGUACGGGUUACCGACCCAUUUUAGACGCCUUUAAAAGUUUCGCCAAAGAUGCUCCGAAAACUAAAAUGGUGGACAUCGAAGAGUUAAAUGUUUGCAAGAACAAGGGAAAAUGCGAAAAACCAUGGUGCAUCGUUGAGAAGAGAGAUACAAAAGUUAAAAAGAUUAAACUAAAAGAUGAUAAAAUCUGGUACAGAGUUCACAAAGUAAACGAAAUUUUCGAUGUCUGGCGUGAAGAAGGAUUGGCUUCAUAUAUGCUUGUAAAUGGAAAUACUGGUAGAGGAGCUGUGUACAUCUUUGAAUUUCCUCGUGUUCUCAUCGACAUAAGCGCGGUGGAAGAAUUGGGAAACUAUUAUAUUGACCAAAAUUUAGUGAUCGGGGCCGGUACAAACUUGACAGAAGUAAUGGAAAUAUUUAAGACGAUCUCACAAAAGUAUGAAGACUUUUCAUACUUACAAAAACUCUACGAACACUUGGAUCUAGUUGCACAUAUACCAGUUAGAAAUGUUGGUUCAUUGGCCGGAAAUUUAAUGAUAAAGAAAAGAGAUAUGACGUUCGCUUCAGAUGUUUUUUUGUUACUUGAAGCCAUUGGAGCUGUGAUAACAAUUGUGAGCUCAGAAGAAACCAAAAACGUAACUUUGCAAGAUUUUCUCUCAGUCAAUAUGAAAGGAAAAAUUAUAACUCAAGUGAAGAUUCCUCCACUUGGUCACAGUUACAAGUUUCAAUCUUUCAAAGUAAUGCCGAGGUCACAAAAUGCUGUGGCACAAGUAAACGGGGCAUUCCUUUACGAAUUGCAUCCAAACGAUGAUCAACGAGUUUUAUCUGCAAGGAUUGUUUAUGGCGGUCUUUCAGGGCCAUUUACUCAUGCAUAUCGAACUGAGAAUUUUCUCAAAGGCAAAAAACUAUUUGAUAAUGAAGUGUUACAAGAAGCUAUACACAUAUUAAGAGAUGAAAUACUUGUUGAGGAAAUUCAAGGAAUGCUUAAGCUUGAAUUUCGUAAGAAAGCUGCUAUUGGUCUAUUUUAUAAAAGUUUACUUAAUAUAAUUCCGCAUCGUCUCUUAAACCCACGUUACCUGUCGGGGGCAAUUGAUCUUAAGAAAAGCAGGCCACUAUCGAAAGGCACAGAGGUUUAUGACACGAAUCCAGUAUUGUGGCCUUUAAAUGAACCCAUGCCAAAAGUGGAGGCUCUCAUACAAUGCGCUGGUGAAGCCACAUUCGUUAACGAUGUACAAACCAUGAGGAAAGAAGUUUAUUGUGCGUUUGUGACAGCGAAAAUAUUUAGUGGUUCUAUUGAACACAUAGAUCCUACGAACGCACUUAAAAUUCCUGGAGUAAUAUCUUUCUACAUAGCAAAAGACAUCCCCGGGAAAAACACAUUUAUCAGCGCAACAGUGACAGGGUUUGAACCAGAAAAAAUACUGUCAGAUGGCAAAAUAUAUUAUUUUGAUCAACCCAUAGGCAUCCUGGUAGCUGAAACCGAAAUUCUGGCUAAGAGGGCGUCAACUCUUGUUGAAAUUACAUACAAAAAAGAUAUAAGAAAGCCGUUAUUAGAAAUUUGUGAUGUUAAACUAACAGACCCAAGUCGUAUCGAGCUCUAUAGACAUUUUCCACCCCUCCAAAAACCUGGUGCAGAUGUUGAUUGCGUUAUAAAACAAACAGAAAAUAUAUAUUGGCAAUAUCACUAUUCUUUGGAAACGCAAAGUUCCGUUACACGUCCAAGUGAUGAUGGGAUUGAAGUGUUAGCAUCUUCUCAAUAUCCGGACAUGACCCACUUGUCAGUAUCAGAGUCUCUUAACAUAGAACAAAGCAGAAUCAACGUUACUAUACCACGAUGUGGUGGUGGAUUCGGAAGUAAAAUCAGCAGAGCUUCAUUGAUAACGGCCGCCUGUGGAAUCGUUACUUACUUGUUAAAUCGACCUUGUAGGUUUGUUAUGGAUAUCCAAGCAAAUAUGCGGAUAAUAGGAAAGAGAUUACCUUGUCAAUUGGAUUAUGAGGUGGGCGUCAGUACCGCUGGCGAGAUUCAGUACCUUAUAUAUGAUCUCUAUUCAGACAUUGGUUAUUUCCAAAGUGACCUAAUUGUUCCCAUAAGCCUGCCUGGGAUAAGAAGCUGUUACAACUAUCUUACCUGGGACUUUAGUGUUUAUAGUGUUAAGACGGACACUCAUGCAAACACAUAUACGAGAAGUCCAGGAAGCCUUGAAGCUAUUUCUAUGACUGAACAUGUAAUGGAAAGAAUCUCUUACGAACUCGACCUAGAUCCGUUAGAAGUCCGUAUUAAGAAUAUCAAUCAAGAAUUUAGUGAUGUUAGAGACGUUGUUCAAACUUUGUUGAAAAACAGUGACUACGAAAAGAGAAAAAAAUCAGUUGAGGAAUUCAAUUCAAUGAAUAGAUGGAAGAAGCGAGGUCUUCGCGCAGCCAUCAUGAGUUGGCCUAGUCCGAUUCAAGUAGAUUUUAAUAUUUUAAUUUCGAUCUACCACGGCGACGGUAGCGUUGUUGUGAAACACGGGGGCGUUGAAAUCGGUCAAGGAAUAAAUACCAAAGUCAUUCAGACCGUAGCAUACAUCUUCAAAAUACCAUUGAGUAAAAUACAAAUCAAAGCGAUAGAUGUUGCCUCUAACCCCAAUGACUACAAUACAGUGGGAAGUAGAACUACCCAGGCCAUUUGUUUGGGGGCAAUAAAAUGCUGUCAGAUUAUUUUAGAUCGCCUUGCCGCAGUUAAAACGCCUCAAGAUGAUCCUACAUGGGAGGAGGUAAUACAAGCGGCAUUUGUACAAGGCGUCAAUUUACAAGCUAGCUAUCACGUGACGGCUGCAGAUCAAGAACCGCACAGAUCAGCUGGGGCGGCAGUCGCUGAAGUAAUGUUAGAUAUUUUAACAGGAGAGUUACAGGUACUUCGGGUUGAUAUCGUCGAAGACGUGGGAACCAGUAUCAACCCGGAGAUUGAUAUAGGACAGAUUGAAGGUGCUUUUAUUAUGGGCCUGGGAUAUUGGACUUCUGAACAUAUUAUACAUGACGAGAAGACUGGUGAAAUUUUAACAGAUCGUACAUGGACUUACCACAUUCCGCAAGCGAAAGAUAUUCCCGUUGACUUUAGGAUUGAAUUGAGAAGGAAUCACAACACUAAUGGAAUACUUGGUGCUCGAGCGGUUGCUGAACCGGGAACCUGCUUGGCUGUUGCUGUAGCCCUUGCUUUGAAGAAAGCCAUUUCGGACUCUAGGGAAGAAACUGGGUUUCCCAAAAAUCAAUGGUUUGCCGUUGAUGGUCCCUACACCGUUGAAGCAAAUGUUUUACACGCUGAAGUUAAUUUGGAGGAAUUUAUUUUUAACUGA